UUCAUCACUUGACAGAUAUAAAGAACGUAGGUUUCAGAGCUAGUCACGAAGACAGAGAGAAGGAGAGAAAGAGAGGAAAUAGACAGCAUUUAACGAAAGACAAAUUCUUGCCUUGGGGAGACUACAGGACAGUCUCUCACAUAGCUUUAAGAAUGGCAGGCAGCAGCUUUGAGUCCGAGUUCCUACAGGCUCACAAUGCUUACCGCAGCCAGCACGGAGCCCCGCCUCUCACCGUAAACAAAAGCCUGUGCCGCUCCGCACAGGCAUGGGCGGAGCAUCUGCUGUCAAUCAAUACUCUCAAACACAGCAACAAGGACUACGGAGAAAAUCUCUAUUAUGCUUGGAGUUCAGCUACCAAAAAACUCACAGGACGUGAGGCAGUGGAAAGCUGGUACAAUGAAAUUAAAGACUACAACUUUAGUAAACCGGGAUUCUGCUCCAAAACAGGUCACUUCACACAGGUGGUGUGGAAGGACACAAAAGAGUUGGGAGUUGGACUGGCUACUGAUGGGAAAGUAACUUUUGUAGUGGGUCAAUACCUUCCAGCAGGAAACAUCACAAAUGUGGGUUAUUUUGAAAGAAAUGUCCUACCGGCAGGCUCCAAAGUAGACUUAAAGCCCACUGGUACAACAACUGACAAAGUGGGACCAAUGCAUGGUGCAUCAAACAGAGUACCAUCAGUUCCUCGCAGUACUGAAAUAUCACCAUCAGGAGGCAGAGGAGAUCUUCAUGUGCCAACCACCUUAAAGGCAGACAGCAGCUUUGAGGCUGAGUUCCUACAGGCUCACAAUGCAUACCGCAAACAUCAUGGAGCCCCGCCCCUCACCAUAAACAAAAACCUGUGCCGCUCCUCACAGGAGUGGGCCAAACACCUGCUGUCGAUCAAGACCCUCAAGCAUAGUAAUGGAGAUUAUGGAGAAAAUGUAUAUUACGCUUGGAGCUCAGCUGACAAAAAACUUACAGGACGUGAGGCAGUGGAAAGCUGGUACAGUGAGAUUAAAGACUACAACUUCAGCAGGCCUGGAUUCUCCUCCAAAACAGGUCACUUCACACAGGUGGUGUGGAAGGACACAAAGGAGUUGGGAGUUGGACUGGCCACUGAUGGGAACACAACUUUUGUGGUGGGUCAGUACCUCCCAGCGGGAAACAUCAGCAAUGCUGGAUAUUUUGAAAGAAAUGUCCUACCGGCAGGUUCCAAAGUAGACUUCAAAUCCACCCCAUCUGCUGACAGAGUUGGACAAGCACUUGGCGCUCUCAGCAUCAAGUCAAACCAAUUGCCUUCAUCAUCUCACAGUUCUGUACCAGCACCAUGUAAGAGUCAGUCUCCACAGAGCAGCAGCUCAGAAGGUGAGAUCUUGUCACAGUUUCGUCAGUCUCUGCUUGAAGCUCAAAAUGAUUACCGACGGCAACACGGGGCACGGCCUCUCUCGCUGUGCCCCAUCCUCACUAAAGAGGCUCAGGAUUGGGCAACACAUCUGAUUAGCAUUAACGCCCUGAAGAACAGCGGCAAAGGUCACGGAGAGACUAUGUCUUACAAAUGGACAUCCAACAUGGUGCCUCCAACAGGAAAAGAGGUUGCUGAAUCAUGGUACAAGGAAAAUGUGAAGUACAACUUUGCAACCCCUGGCUUUCAGAAUGGAACUGGUAACUUCACCCAGAUGAUCUGGAGGUCUACAGACCAGGUUGGGAUCGGCCUGGGAUCAGAUGGAAAAGGCAAGUUCAUCACUGUGGCCUUUUACAAACCUCCUGGCAACGUCACCAACCCUGGCUACUUCCAGGAUAAUGUCAAACCUGCUGGGAGGUGAUCUGCUGAAGAAGAAACGUUAAAAAGGUUUUAUCCAUUUUAGUAAUGAACAGAAAUAAUAGUAAUAAUCAUAAUAAUAAAAAAAACAGAAUGUUGAAA